AUGCAAUGCUCAGUUUCAGAAAUACCAUGUAAGAAUGAGCCUUGUUACAAUGGUGGAACGUGCAUUGAAGUGGGUGAAUCGUUUAACUGUCUUUGUCCUUUUGGUUACAGUGGCAGUAAGUGUGAAGAUUCCUCAUGUUCUACUGAACCGUGCCUCAAUAAUGGAUCAUGCAUAGUAAAUGGAACAUCAUACGUCUGUUCUUGUCAGGAUGGUUAUAAUGGAACACAAUGUGAAGAAACUCCUUGUUCAAACCAACCUUGUCUAAACAAUGGAUCCUGUGAAAUACUUGUAGCAUCUAAUGUUUGCUUCUGUCCAAAUGGGUACAAUGGAACAAAGUGUGAAGUAACACCGUGCUUUGGUGAUCCUUGCUUAAAUGGAGGAACUUGCACAGUUAGUGAAUCUUCUUACUUGUGUUCCUGUAUAACAGGCUACACUGGCCUAUCAUGUGAAGAUUCCUCAUGUUCUACUGAACCGUGCCUCAAUAAUGGAUCAUGCAUAGUAAAUGGAACAUCAUACGUCUGUUCUUGUCAGGAUGGUUAUAAUGGAACACAAUGUGAAGAAACUCCUUGUUCGAACCAACCUUGUCUAAACAAUGGAUCCUGUGAAAUACUUGUAGCAUCUAAUGUUUGCUUCUGUCCAAAUGGGUACAAUGGAACAAAGUGUGAAGUAACACCGUGCUUUGGUGAUCCUUGCUUAAAUGGAGGAACUUGUACAGUUAGUGAAUCUUCUUACUUGUGUUCCUGUAUAACAGGCUACACUGGCCUAUCAUGUGAAGUUACACCUUGCUUUGGUGAUCCUUGCUUAUACGGAGGAACUUGUACAGUUAGCGGAUCUUCUUACUUGUGUUCCUGUUUACCAGGCUUCUCUGGCAUAUCAUGCGAAGUUACACCUUGCUUUGGUAAUCCUUGCUUAUAUGGAGGAACUUGUACAGUUAGCGGAUCUUCGUACUUGUGUUCCUGUUUAUCUGGCUACACUGGCAUAUUAUGUGAAGUUACACCGUGUUCUGGUAAUCCUUGCUUAAACGGGGGAACUUGUACAGUUAGUGGAUCUUCUUACUUGUGUUCCUGUUUACCGGGAUAUACUGGCAUAUUAUGUGAAGAUUAUCUUCCAUUUUGUUGUAACUGUGAAAUGGGGAAUGACUGUGCUGACAACACAACAUGUGCUAGUGGAACAUACGAACUACAUUUAACAAAUAUUUCUGAAGUAUAUUGUGAUAUGGAAAUAGACAACGGUGGUUGGAUUGUAUUUCAAAGACGACUCAACGGUGAAGUAGAAUUUUAUAGAGAUUGGAACUCUUACAAGUACGGCUUUGGUGACCUAGAUGGCGAGUUUUGGUUAGGGAACGAACUAAUACAUGAAAUAACAAAAGAAGGAAACUACAUAUUGAGGAUAGAUUUAGAAGAUUUUGAAGGGGAGACGCGGUACGCUCUAUAUAGCAACUUUUUGAUUGAAGAUGCUAGUUCGGAAUACACAAUACGAGUAUCAGGUUAUUCAGGGACUGCAGGAGAUGCAAUGGCGUACCAGAAUAAUAUGCAAUUCUCAACAAAGGACAGAAAUAAAAUCAAUUGCGCUACAUCAUAUAAAGGAGCAUGGUGGUAUCAAGGUUGUCACUAUAGUAAUCUAAAUGGUCUGUAUCUUAAUGGUUCACACUCUACUUUUGCUGAUGGCAUCGAAUGGUACCAAUGGAGAGGGCAUUACUACUCAAUGAAAAAAUCACAAAUGAUGGUCCGCAGAAAAAAGUGAUCAGUAGUUACACAAAGAUUGCAAAUAAAUAAUUUCCAUGUGGUUCGAGAGAUGCGGCUCGGACGCAUGAAAAUUCUACAGUGUUGUUUUGAUUUUGUUCAAUUUUGUCAAUAUAACGAAACAAUAAACAACUGUCAUGUCAGUGGAAGGAUUAGCUAGCUUCUUUGGAAAUGCAUGUACCACAUCAGAAAUAUGACAGUUGUUUACCAUUUUCUGCAAAGGUUGAUAUAGUCAUGAGUUUGAUUUUGUUAGGUUUUAGGGACUUUUUUACCUAGGAGUUCGGUGAUUUUGUUACUCCAUUGUAUCUUGUAACAUAAAACGUGAAUUUCAUUAGUGUUCUUGU